AUGAAUACCCGGUUCAUCGCUUUAAAUGAAGUUGCCGAUGAUUUCGCAUUUUUGAGCGGUCAAGCAAUUGUGAACACCAGUGUUACUGAACUCACCAAAAUAGCGGCAGAUCUCGCUAUCAAAUAUCCUGAUGACUUGGAUCCGCAUGAAUUUUCAUCGGAAAUUGAGAGUUUCAAAUUUCAAGCAACGACGCUGAUGAGUGAAGACACAGACAUGAACCAUUUGAAUGUAUUAGAAAAAAUAUUCGAUCUGUCGCUCGAGGAUGUAUAUCCGAACAUAACAACAGCACUGAGAAUAUUCUUAUGCAUGCCUGUUACGACGGCUACUUGCGAGCGUUCUUUUAGUAAGCUAAAACUCAUCAAAUCUUAUCUUCGUUCCUCUUUAGGCCAGGAACGGUUAACGAAUAUCUCUAUUUUGUCGAUUGAGAAGGAUACUACAACACGUCUCAAUUUCGAUAAAAUAAUCGAUUUAUUUGCAGAGGCGAAAACCAGAAAAGUAUUAUUCUGA